AUGUCCGGUUCUGAAACCACCGCCACCGCCACGGCAAAACCCGUAAAGCCGACCCCCCGCAGAUUUGUCGGUGUAAGGCAGAGGCCGUCGGGAAGAUGGGUUGCAGAGAUCAAGGACUCGUCUCAAGGGGUCAGACUGUGGUUGGGAACUUAUGAUACCGCCGAAGAAGCUGCCCGAGCCUACGACGAGGCUGCCCGAGCCCUACGCGGCGAGCAUGCGCGAACCAACUUUGCGGCGCCACCAAACCCUAAUUCAGAUCAGUUAAACUCGUCUCCUUAUAAUUGUGGAGGAUUGACGGCGGCUGAUCAUUCCAGUGGCCGCCAUGGCCUCAGCUUCUCCUCCUUGAAAGCCAAGCUGAGCAAGAACUUGCAGAACAUCAUGGUUAAAUCCUCGGAAAACAAGUCGUGUAAAAGUAGGGUUAGCGAUCACUUCACUUUCGCUAGCAUCUUCAACUUUAGGAGCAAUUACGGCGCCCAGUAUCGGAGCCCAGUUGAUGUGAAGAAUAUUGAGAAGGUGGUGCAACCGAGCAUCAUUGUGCCGCCGAUGGCGGCGGACGAGACCUGGGAGAGCUCGAGUGGGUCGGAUUCCGGCGGAGAGUGGAAUAUUGGAUUCCGGCGGCAAGGGAUGGACUCGGAUGGAUCGGAGAUCGGGGAAGCUUUUGUGGGUGAAUUUGAACAAGGGUUUGGAGAUCAGAUGAUGAUGGGGUAUUACUGGAUGGAUAGUCCGGAGAUCAGUGCCGGCGGCGGCAGCGACGUCGAUGUUGAGGCCUCGAGGAGUAAGAGGUUCAAGGUUUCUUCUUCUGUGCUGGUUCCACCAACCUUCAGUGAAUUCCCAUACGAUAUUAAUGGUGAGAACUGA